CACAGUCCGAAUUCUGACAAUUACUUGGCCGCCGCCGUUCCCUUUUCCACCGCCCCGGGCCCCGUCGUCUCUGCGACUCUUUCUCUACUCUUCACACUCGCAACAUCCAGCAUCCGACACCCACACCACGUCGCAUGCUUUCGCAACUACGUCUAGCUCUAUCGCUCGUCCUCGCUCCGUCGCGCAGUCCAAAAUUAUUCUCGAUACUGCGCGCUUGAACCCCCAAACCGCCCCGGCGCAUACGGCCUGCUCCCAGCCUCCGUUUUGUCAGGAUCGCUGAGGACGGCCUGCCUCGCCAAAACACCACUCUACCUACCAGAAUACUACCAAACGAACCGUCGCCAACAUGCUGAUGCAAUCGGCUCUCUCCUGCGACAGCAGGAAAUUCCUACACCAGCCCAUCUACCGCGCGCUCUCGCCGACUCCUCCCCCGUCCAGCGAUGGCAUCGGCGGCAGCCUGAUCGGCGUCAGUCGCAAGCUACAGAACCUGUUAAACGUAUCGCCGGCGCCUCAGUCGACUCCUCUGCGACGCUCUCUGCGUCUUGCCAGUCCCUUCCAUCUCGAUGAACCGAAACCCGCCAAACUGCCGCCGCGCAAACCUGCCAAGUCGGCCACUCCGCGACCCAAGACUCCUUCUUCGCCUCCGCGCACUCGCACCAAACGCAGCCGCAGUGUAUACGAAGAUGAUCACAGUGACAGCAAAAUGGAGCAUCGAUCGCGCCGCUCGUGCGAUCGCUUCUCCACCCCCAAACGCCAGAAGCGCUUCCCCUACAACAUGCCGCUGGGGCUCGGCAUCGCCGAUUUCGAAUCUCUCGACGGGGGUAAUCCUAGAAACAUACCAUUUCGCGUGGCUCCGCAAGACGACGAAGCUCUUCCAGACGUGGUCUUGCCGUCGAUUGAAAUAGAAGAUACCGAAAAAACUGCGUGGACCGCGGAAGACGACCAGAAGUUGGUCUCCGUGGUGCUCGAGAAACUCAAACUAUCACAACGCGAGUGGGAAGAAUGUGCGCAACGCUUGGGCAAGGACAAUGCCAGCGUGGGCAAGCGGUGGCAGGCUCUAGUGGGAGAAGGCAACGUAGGCCUUCGCCGCGGGUCCGGGCCGUUUGUACGCGGGCGGCUGCAUGGGUGUUUUGAUUGAUUUUUAUUAUAUUCUCUUAUCUUCCGACGGGCCGCCUGGCUCUGCCGUCUCAUAUUUGUUUCAUUUGUCAUGCAUAUCUUGCGGAGUUUUGCAGUACAGGAGGAGGGCUUUGUUUCUGGAGAUACCCCGGGAGGUGUUUAAUCCGAUACCUUUUUUUUUUUUAUUAUCAUGUUAUUAUUUGUUUUUAAUAUUCGGCUGUACUCUACUUCUAUCUACACUCAUACAUACACUCUAUCAUCAAUCCACGAAUCAUUAUUCC